UGUGGGCUUCAGCGAAGAGCAGCCGCAGCCGCAGCCGCAGCCGCAGCCGCCGCAACUCCUUUCUCAUUAUACAACAACGGCGACGAAAAGCUAGAAACAACAAACACAGGUUUUGUUUUGUUAUUCGCUAGUGCAGACUUAAGUUUGGAUUUGGGUUGGCCACGCACUUACAUUCCCUAUCGAACCGAAUCCAAUCGAAUCAAUCAAAUACGAACUUACACUUUGUUUGCUUCAUUGCCCUUCCCGCCUUCCUUCUGAUCUUACCUCUGGCCUUUGGAGGUACAGGGUCAGGACAGGGAGGAACAACUCAAUAGGAGGCGACAUAGGCAUUCGAACAAAUCUCACAUCUGUAAUCGUCAUCUUGACAUCCAUCCAUGGCAGCCGCCGCAUUCCAUUUACGUGGACUCACCAGUUCAUAUAUGUCUAGCUCCAAGAAAGUUCCGUGCUUUAGACACAAUCUUCAUCAACUCCCAUUUCCCUCUCCCCUUCCCCUUCAUUCUAUUUCUCCAUCCCUCAAAACCAGUUUUGCGACUGCCAGUGCCAAGGCCGGCGUGCUUGAAAAGCACGAUGCCCAAUGUCAUGCUCCUGAACAAAUUGGCAAGGAUUUGACAUGCGUUAUGAAGUUUGGCGGUUCAUCUGUUGCGUCCGCAGAUAGAAUGAAACAAGUAGCUGAUCUUAUUCUCAGCUUUCCAGACGAGAAGCCAGUCGUUGUGCUUUCUGCUAUGGGGAAAACAACCAACAAACUCUUGUUGGCUGGAGAGAAGGCAGUUUGUUGCGGUGUUUCAGGUGUGCCCGAUCUUGAAGAAUUGACCUUCAUCAAAGAUUUGCAUGUCAGGACUGCCGACACUCUUGGAGUGGAAAGGUCUGUCAUUUCAAAGCACCUGUUGGAGUUGGAGCAUCUUCUGCAUGGAAUUGCUAUGAUGAAAGAACUAACUCCUAGAACCAAGGACUACCUAGUCUCCUUUGGAGAGUGUAUGUCCACUCGGAUUUUUGCCGCGUACUUGAAUAAAAUUGGUGCCAAAGCUCGCCAAUAUGAUGCAUUUGACAUAGGUUUCAUAACCACUGAUGAUUUUACAAAUGCGGAUAUUUUGGAAGCAACUUAUCCAACUGUUGCAAAGAGAUUGGUCAAUGAUUGGAUUACUAAUCCUGCAAUCCCUAUUGUGACUGGAUUCCUUGGGAAGGGUUGGAAAAGCUGUGCAGUCACUACACUGGGACGUGGUGGUAGCGAUUUGACUGCCACAACAAUUGGUAGAGCACUGGGGUUGAGAGAAAUUCAGGUUUGGAAGGAUGUGGAUGGUGUCUUGACCUGUGAUCCUCACAUUUACCCUCAAGCAAAGCCAGUGCCUUAUCUAACUUUUGAUGAGGCAGCUGAACUGGCCUACUUUGGUGCUCAGGUGCUCCACCCCCAGUCCAUGAGACCUGCUAGAGAGGGUGACAUACCUGUUCGAGUGAAGAACUCCUAUAAUCCCAAAGCUCCAGGAACUCUUAUUACCCAAACAAGAGACAUGAGGGAGGCUGUUCUUACUAGCAUUGUCCUCAAGCGAAAUGUCACAAUGUUGGAUAUCGUUAGCACCCGAAUGCUUGGGCAAUUUGGUUUUCUCGCAAAGGUUUUCUCGAUAUUUGAAGAUCUAUGCAUAUCUGUGGAUGUUGUGGCAACCAGCGAGGUCAGUAUUUCGUUGACAUUAGACCCUUCAAAGCUUGGAAGCAGAGAGCUGAUCCAACAGGCAAGAGAAUUGGAGCAUGUGAGGAAAGAACUUGAGAAAAUAGCAGUGGUGAAUCUUCUCCAAAAUAGAUCUAUAAUCUCUCUGAUUGGGAAUGUGGAGAGGUCGUCAUUGAUACUAGAAAAGGCUUUCCAGGUGCUGCGGAGAAAGGGGGUAAAUGUGCAAAUGAUAUCACAAGGAGCAUCCAAAGUGAACAUAUCGUUGGUAGUAAAUGACAACGAAGCGGAGGAGUGCGUGCGGACUCUUCAUUCUGCCUUCUUUCACCACACAGAUCGGAUCGGAUCCUUCUUGGAGAUCUCACAUCCCAAUCCCAAUCCCAAUCCCAAUCCCAAUCCUACACAGGUAAGAUAGACAGAUAGAUAGAUAGAUAGUAUUAUGAUUAUUAUAUUGUUAUUUAAUUUGUUGUUAGGAAACCUACCUUUGCCUAAUCCCACCAUCACUCUUGCUUAGUGAAACAGUUAUGACUCUUUCUUUCUUGACUUGAGUGACAAACACUAGUAGUUGCCAUUCAUCCAUCUCCUCCCUCCCUCCAACAACACUACACAACACUACUAUCAAUAUUAUCCACUUCCACCUCAUUUCUACUACAAAACCAAUUUCA